AUGGACAAUCUCUAUUUACCGAUGGUGAAUUGGCUUACCAUCGGUACCGACGGUACCGACGGACAGUGUUUUGGAUGGUUACCUUAUGCCAUAGCAAUAAUGCUAACUACCUCAUUCACCAACGGAUUUUUCAAAUUUACCGAUGGGGAAUUAAUUUCUCCAUCGGUACCGAUGGACAAUCUCUAUUUACCGAUGGUGAAUUCGCUUACCAUCGGUACCGACGGUACCGGCGGACAGUGUUUUGGAGUGCUACCUUAUGCCAUAGCAAUAUUGCUAACCACCUCAUUCACCAACGGUCUAUUCAAAUUUACCGAUGGUGAAUUCAUUUCUCCAUCGGUACCGAUGGAGAAUCUCUAUUUGCCGAUGGUGAAUUGGCUUACCAUCGGUACCGACGGUACCGACGGACAGUGUUUUGGAGGGCUACCUUAUGCCAUAGCAAUAUUGCUAACUACCUCAUUCACCAACGGACUUUUCAAAUUUAUCGAUGGUGAAUUCAUUUCUCCGUCGGUACCGAUGGAGAAUCUCUAAUUACCGAUGGUGAAUUGGCUUACCAUCUGUACCGACGGUACCGACGGACAGCGUUUUGGAGGGCCACCUUAGCCUCUCUCACUAAUGCUAACUACCUCAUUCACCAACGGACUUUACAAAUUUACCGAUGGUGAAUUCAUUUCUCCAUCGGUACCGAUGGAGAAUCUCUAAUUACCGAUGGUGAAUUGGCUUACCAUCGGUACCGACGGUACCGACGGACAGUGUUUUCGAGGGCUACCUUAUGCCAUAGCAAUAUUGCUAACUACCUCAUUCACCAACGGACUUUUCAAAUUUACUGAUGGUGAAUUCAUUUCUCCAUCGGUACCGAUGGAGAAUCUCUAUUUACCGAUGGUGAAUUGGCUUACCAUCGGUACCGACGGACAGUGUUGUCGAGGGCUACCUUAGCCUCUCUCACUAAUGCUAACUACCUCAUUCACCAACGGACUUUACAAAUUUACCGAUGGUGAAUUCAUUUCUCCAUCGGUCCCGAUGGACAAUCUCUAAUUACCGAUGGUGAAUUGGCUUACCAUCGGUACCGACGGACAGUGUUUUCGAGGGCUACCUUAGCUUCUCUCACUAAUGCUAACUACUUCAUUCACCAACGGACUUUACAAAUUUACCGAUGGUGAAUUCAUUUCUCCAUCGGUACCGAUGUAGAAUCUCUAAUUACCGAUGGUGAAUUGGCUUACCAUCGGUACCAACGGUACCGACGGACAGUGUUUUCGAGGGCUACCUUAGCCUCUCUCACUAAUGCUAACUACCUUAUUCACCAACGGACUUUACAAAUUCACCGAUGGUGAAUUCAUUUCUUCAUCGGUACCGAUGAAGAAUCUCUAAUUACCGAUGGUGAAUUGGCUUACCAUCGGUACCGGUGAGCAUUCAUUAUUUACCGAUGGUAUAUUCAUUUUUCCAUCGGUACGGAUGGACACCGAUGGUAGAAAUAUUUUCACCAAACUAACCGUCGGUAUGCUUGCUACAGUAUUGGGCAACCCUCUGAACAAUGGCUCGGCUGCACCUCGCCAUUGUUCAUGGCACUUGUAUUUAGAAACCACGUCUAAAACACUAACUCGGAUUUGAAAUAUUACGUAUAAUUCACCGAUCUCUAUCAGAAAUUCCCAUUUGAAAGGUGUUGUCAUGACUGUAUUCAUGAUUCAUCUCAGUCGCACUCAGAAACGUCGUCAAAAAUAUAGACACAUUUCUUUACGAUUGAGUUCAUUUGAAUGUAAAAGAGGUCCCCAACAUUCUUGAACAUGUGCUUUUGGUUAAAAUACCAUAUUUGACUUGAUUUGUUCCUCUAUUGCGAGAUAACAGAACAAAACAGUUGAAAAUACCGUAUUAAUCACAAUAGCUCACUCCUCAAGGUGGUCACCAGGCCAACCAAAUAAUUCGCAAAAGAAUGUAUGCAUCAACAGCUGUAAACAAUGACGUCGCCGGCAUAUCGCAGGCAUAUGUCAACCAGGCUUAAAAGCCUGGUUCACAUAUGCUUGCGUUAUGCCUGCGCUAUCAUUGUUUAUAGCUGUUGAUGCAUAGAUUCUUUUGUGAAUUAUUUGGUUGAACUGCUAACAACAAUAGCCCUCUGACAUACCACAGAUAUAUGUGAACCAGGCUUAAUAAAAAUACAUGAAUAUUUGUGUCUCGUGUGUGUGAAUAUUUGCAUACUUUCAAGUCUCGUCCUCAGGCGGUGUGUGCACUACGGUGCAAAGGCUUCUGGGAGCAUUAUUUCGCGUGAAACUGCCAGCAAUGGCUGAUUUUGCCUGAAAGUUAUGGUAAGUUUAAAUUCAUAUUCUAUUGCGAUUUUUUAUGCCGGUUGCAUUUUUUCCGUUUGUUUUAGUAACAUAGACUAUCUAUUAGGUUAAAUGUUUGUCCUGUGUUUUAUUUUAUUAUAAUUUAUAUAAAAUGGUUUUUGAAGGCUUUGUCUUGUAUGACUUGCCGUAUACAACAUUGAAUAGUCUUUCGACUGAUUGAUUUGUCCUUGUCAUAGCAGACUCAAAAGUUAAUCUAUCGCAUUAAGAUUUCCAGAAAUAAUAACUAAAAAUAUAGAUUAAACCAACUAUAUCAACGCUCCCAAACGCUCCCCAAGCUUAAAUACAUUAAUUUUGACUGAAAGUUGUCACAUUUUCAGGCAGAUUCACGAGCAAGUGUAAAGCGGCCAUUCGUUCCUGAAGGCAAUACACCCGGUAAACCACUGCUAAAAGUCCGCACUGUGAAAGCAUCCGAGAAUUCAGAAGCACGUAGAAAGUGCUUAUUUGUAAAAGGUGAGGACAGCACUGAUGAAAAGUCCUCUUGGACGAAAUGGACAACCGAAGAAGAAGCUGCCCUGGUGCAAUACAUCUGUCUUUUUUGGGACGAUGCAUGCGAAAACAAGUGGCCAACAUUCAAAAAUAAUGAAUUUUGGAGUGGGUGUGCAGAUGCUGUGAUGAAUGUCUGCAAGACAACAAGAACUG